AACGGAGUUUUACAGCUGUUUUCUGCUUUGUUGUGCUUUUCGUGUCCGCGUUCGAAAAGUAGAGAAAUUUAAAUAUUCUUCACCAGCUCUCUUCAUUGUUAAGCUCUGUUGUACCUAUUGCUUACGUUUCUGUGCUUGUGAUAGCUUUUCAAGCGCAGUAAUGUUAUUUCGACGAUUGUUUUCACCAAGAGGAGCCCAAUUCCGCAUAAUUACUCGGAGUAACUAUACCAGCAGAGGAGAGUUAUAUAAUAAAUGCUACCGCACACUCGGAGUAACUGAUCAGUCCGAUCAGAACACAGUCCGUCAAGCCUACAUUGCCAUGGUGAAGAAAGUUCAUCCGGACAGUGGUCACCCGGAGGCAAAUGUGGAGAAAUUCCAAGAGGUAGAUGCUGCCUUUCGGAUUCUUCAGCAAAAGUUUGCCAAAUCACGUCGGGGAAUCGUCGAAGAUAUGCAGGAUAAGGUUAAGGUGUUCGACAUUCGCCAUACGGCUCCUCAGCACCGGCAAUAUCUGAACUUUGAUGGGGUGGGCGUCGGGACACCCGCACAACGCCAGAAACAGUAUCAAGCGUUUCGUGCUCAGCGGGCACAGGAACGAGUGUUGGAACACCGUAUGUCCAAAGCUCAAGCGUCGGAAAUGGCGCUGAUGAAGAAGGGCGACUACUUUAAGAAGCACGAGAUCAAGACAAAAUAUGGGUACGACAGAGUGGUGGAAGAUUUAAUACAGGAAGCAAUGUCUCGAGGGGAUUUCAGUAAUCUGUCCGGAUUUGGAAAACCGCUGCCGGAUCUGCAGAGCCAGAAUCCGUAUGUGGAUUUUACAACGCAUAAAAUAAACAAGAUUAUGCUGGACAAUGGCUUCACACCGGAGUGGAUCACGUUGCACAAGGAAAUUCGCGAAGAGAGCGAGUCUUUAAAACGAAGUUUAGCAAAGGAGAGAGGUAAACUGGGUACGAUUCCGUUGACUGCUCAAGAUGAGCACAAGUGGGAGAAGGCACUAGAGGCACAUGAACGACUUGCUGGUAGUGUCAAUAAGAAGAUAGAUAAAUUCAACCUGAUUGUACCGGUGUUGAAUAAGCAGAUGUUAAGGCUGGACUUGAGGCAAAUGGCAAGUAAAGUUUUGGAAACCGAAAAGCAUAAAGAACAAAUUCGAAGAGAAGAGGAGCUGCUGUCGCCGAUUAAUGAUCCGAAGGAAGCGAACAAAGCGAACAUUUUCAGUUUUCUCGGGUCUCUGUUGAAGUAGCGGAGUGGGGAGAGGUAAGUGCUCUUGGAGG